AUGGACCAACCUGCCAUGAGCGCUUGGGACCACCUGCCUGAGUACAUGUCGCCGUCAACCAAUCCUUUAAGCGCCAACCCCUUUCAGACUGUCGAGUCCGCCAGCACGAUCCGCUGUCCUCUCAAACUCAGCAGGAAUGCUGACACCACCCGCACCAGGAAGCUCACGGCAGACGCUGCCGUCCGCAUCUUCAAAGAGCGAGUAUCGCUCGAGGCCAAGAGUAAGUUCGCAGAAAGCGAGGUAGUAGGGAAAUGUUAUGGGGUGAGCCCAAAGACCGUGCGAGACAUCUGGGACAGAAAGUCAUGGGCACGACACACGGAGUCGUUGGUUGCCAAGCAUGAGCAAGUGCCAGCAAGGUAA